CUCGUUUGACCACCGGGUUUAGCUAUGCCCUUAUAUUAUGCGCAAGUUCAGAUCGUUUGAAAGACACUUUCGUGCUUCUCAAAACAGAUUGAUUUUGCCUUGGAAACCGUAUCACAAUGUGCUGGUCACCCAAUUGCUAUUUAGUCAACAUCUCAGGACAUUAAGUUGUAAAUGUUUGCCGUGAACUACAAAAUUUACCUUGAUGAUACGACUCGCAAGACCGCUUAAGAAGAAAGUGGGAUCGAAGCUUCUUCGGAUAUGCUUUGUGACAAUUUUUCUCACAUGCGUUUGUUUUGUUCGUCUAUCCCUAAAACCUUUGGAUUACCACGAUGAAAAGCUCAAUGAAAUUUCAAGCAAUGAUUUCGGCGGUUUCAAGACAUUCCUCGAUGGUUCGACAGAAACAGCGCGUAGAAACCUAAUCAUAGUGUCUCAUGGUCGAUCUGGGUCUACUCUGACAGGAGAUAUUUUCAACCAUCAUCCUUCAGUGUUUUACAUGUACGAACCGUUACAAACCGCGCAACGAGUUCACAAGAAGAACACGAAUCAAACUAGUUACAACAGGCUGGCAGGAGAGCUUUUAGCCUCCCUCGUUCGAUGCAGAUUCGAUCAGCCUCAGAUGCUGGCGGACAUUGAAAGUUACUACCGCAAACCAGCUCACCCGCGCGUCAGUCAUGCAAUGGGUUCACCACCUCUCUGUCCCUAUGAAAUGAAGGAUCCUAGAUGGAGUCCCGAACGUUGCCCUCCUAUGUCAAACCAGUUCUUAGGUGGUGUUUGUAAGGAUAAAUACGAUAUAACUGUCUUGAAAAUCCUGCUGUCUCGAAUUCCUGAGAAUAAUAUGAAAACAGUUUUAACCGCUUGUAACUCGCAAGACGUCGACUGCAAGAUUAUCUUCCUUGUUAGAGACCCUCGCGCAGUAAUCCCGUCUUCACUUCAGAUUGGUUUUUUUAAAGAACAAGGAGGGUCCGAUUCUAAGUUAGGCACGAGGGUGUACAGCUACGCGCUGUGUCAGCAAACGGAGAAGAAUUUGGAACUAGUUAGGAAGUUACCGGACUCUUUGCGUGCACGGAUUAAACUUCUGCGGUACGAGGAUUUGGCAAUGGAACCAUUAAAAACGUUAGACAGACUUUACAAUUUUGCUGGUUUACCUGUGUUGGAUAGCAUACGCGCAUGGUUAAACGAAACCACGCAGCAAAGUAGGAAGGCCUGUAAUCGUGAAUUAGAUGGUCCUUUAGUCACGUGCACAAAAGAUGAUGCUUGGGCAGCGGCAAAUCGCUGGAGAUGGAAGGUACAUCCGCACGAAAUCAACAUGAUAGAGCACUACUGUCGAGGCACGAUGCGCCUGAUGGGAUAUCGGCCUGUGGACAUGUCGCAUGACCUAUUGGCAAACGACAAGAUUCCACUGUUCAGCGAUGACUAUGAAGCGAAACACUGGUUUUUAAAUAACUCAACUCGCGAAGGUGACUCUUUACCUUGAAACACCUCCAUGUUAAAAGAUAAAUCACGUGUAUUCCAGAAAAUUUUGAUAGCAAAGGGCUUCGAUUCAUUUAGUUCGUACCAAACAAAACCAUUUUGAGCUACCUUAAGUUUUUUGGCGUUUUUUCUUUUCUUGUGGUAUCACAAUAAAUUUUCGAGGCCGAGAGCUAUCAUUCAGUCAUUCGUUAUCAAACAGAA